AUGGUGGCGCGCAGCGAGGCCGGGCGGCGGCGAGGCGGCCUGGGGCCGGCUUGCAGUCAGCGGGGUUGGGCGAGCGAGGCCGGGCGGCGGCGAGGGCGGGGCGGCGGCGCGGGGCGGGGAGUGGCGGAGCUACGCAGCCGGGGCCGCGGCCGGCGGGAGGAGGAGCCCGGAGCCGGGAGGCGCCGAACCGGAGUCUCUGCAACGCUCCCGCCGCCGCCGCCCGCCCAGACUCGCCCCGCCAACCCCCGCGGGAAGCCGUUCUUGCUCCGCCGCCCCCCCCCCCCCGGCCUCCCGCUCUGUGCCCGGUGCACCGAGAAGCCAGCCCCGGGCGAACCCAGCAAUGCGGCCUUCCCGCCGGACCCAGAAGCACACCGGGCACUGGACACCGGCCGAUCGCGGACAAGGGACCCACACGGCUCUCGGUUUCCGAUUUCCCUCUCUCGGUUCCUGCCGAUCGAUCUCCAGCAGAUGGUAUCCGCCGGAACCCGAAAAGUGUAGAGCAGGACAUGGGCGUGGCCUGAAAGCCCUGGCCAGCAGCGACCCAGCUGCCUAGGGAAAGAAUUCCGGAUCUGAGCAGAUGCACUCCGGAUAUUUGUGACAUUAGCAGGCUCAAGGUGCAAAUGUGUACCCCGUAUUGAAGAAUACGUUCGUGAGAACCGAAAAGGAUCCAUCUCAAACAAGGGAAACGGCUGUGCAGACAAGCCUGCAGUCCCAUGCUUUCCACAGGGAAGCUGUGCAUGUGAGACGUGAUAAAUUCCUGAACCAAUGUAUUUUGUGGCAAAUUAAAUUAGGAAAGAAAUUAAUAUAA